AUGGAUGAAUCAUGUCUCGUCUCCAGCGCUCAGAAGACUUUGGAAGGAAUAAUAGCAGGUGACAGAAAAUUUAAAAUUCCACCACUAAACCCAUUGAUUCUACCAUUGGUUGAAAUUUUUGGACCGGCAAUGAAUGUCUCUCUUAGGAAUCUCUCAGUAGACGGUUUAGCCAAUAGUAAAAUAAAAUCUGUAAAAAUAGAUACCGCGAAUAAAAUUGGAGAAGUAUCGUGGGACGUUGAUAAGAUUAUUUUAACCGGUGACUAUGACUUAAAUGGCAGAAUCCUUUUUCUUACUCUUCAAGGAGCUGAUAAGGCCAAUAUUACUGUAGAAAAAUGUAAUAUUUUGUGGAAAUUUUACUACGAAUUAAUAGAAAAGAAAAGAGAAAAGUAUGGUAACAUAACAAAGUUUGACACUGAUUUUAAAGUUGAAUCUGCGACAAUACAGCUGAAUGAAAUAUUUCGAGGAAAUGAACUGCUAAGUAAGGAGCACAUAAAUGUAAUAAUUUUUGAUGAAUUAGCAAUUGGAAUAAAAGCGGCAAUUGGUGCCGUAUUUAAUAUGGUAACCACCGGUUUCUUCAGCAAAAUUCCAUUUGACAAGCUCUUGAAGCCUUAA